AUGGGGGACGAUGAUUACCAACAGAUGGGGGACAAUGAAGAAAUUGGAGAUGCUAUUAGUGAUGAGACUAGUACCAAUGGAAGUAUAAGCGAGGAUAGUGACUUUUUAGUGGAUGAACUUAAUAUGGUGGAGGAUAUCGAAGUGAAUAUGAAAGACUUCCACAGUGGUGUUUAUUCUUUUCCAAAUCUAGAUAACCACCAAUCAUUCAAUGCACCUGAUGUCACAGUUGAUGACGAUUUGGAGGUGAUAGAUACACAUUUGUUUGAAUCAGCUGGUGUAGAAGAAGAUGAGAGGAAGAAGUUAAUGAGAAGGUUAAACAAACCAACCACGUGUUCAUCAAGAGUAGUACAUGAAACUGCAUUCUAUCUGGGUCAAAUAUUUAAGUCCUCAUUAGAAGCGAAGGACUACAUUAAAAUGCAUUCAAUUCGAACUAGGAGAAACAUUUAUUUUGCAAAAAAUGAUAAACAAAGAAUUAGAGCAAAAUGCAGGGGUGUGGUCCCAGAAAUGACAGGUGGGCCAUGGACAAAAAGUAGAAUCAAAUGCAAGGACAAAACAGUCAGUUCACAAAAAGCAACAUGCCCUUGGGUGGUAUUAAUUUCUAGAUCUGAUGAAGAAAGCGAUUGGAUGGUGAAAACUUUGGUUCAUGAGCAUAGAUGUGUGCAGUCAAGAUCUAUUAAAGCGUGUACUUCUAAGUUUCUUGCAACCACCAUUCUUCAACAAGUGGAAGGAAACCCAACUAUCCCAGUCAAAGCUUUGCGUGUAGAGUUACAAAAGACAUACGAGGUGGGGAUGUCAAGAAUGAAGGUCUUUAGGGCUAAACAGCUUGCACAGAAACAUGUUCACGGAGAUUAUGAAAAGCAAUACAGCCUUCUCAGGGAUUAUGUACUAGAAUUACAACAGUGCAACCCAGGAACAACUGUGAAGAUUGAUGUAUACAGUGAACCAAAUGCAAACUUGGAAACUAGGAUGUUUAAGAGAAUUUAUGUCUGUUUAGGUGCAUUAAAACUGGGUUUUAAGGCAGGUUUAAGAGAUUUCUUAGGAUUCGAUAGGGCUUUCAUGAAGGGACCUUACCCUGGACAGGUUCUCACUGCUGUGGGUCUUGAUUCCAAUAAUGGGAUCUACCCACUAGCAUAUGCCAUAGUUGAAGCCGAGAACAAAAGCUCAUGGAGUUGGUUUCUAGAGUGUCUAGGUGAAGAUUUGGAGUUGUCUACAAAUUCAAACUUCACAUUUAUUUCUAACAGGCAAAAGGGGAUUUUACCUGCCAUUGCCAACCUAUUCCCUAGCGCUGAACACAGGUUUUGUUUAAGACAUAUUCACGAAAACAUGAAACUACAAUGGAGGGGGAAGGAGCACAGAGAUCAUUUAUGGGAAUGUGCAACAGCAACAACAGUUAGACACUUUGACAGAUUCAUGGAAGAUUUUAACAAGUUCAAUUCAAAGGAAGAGCACAUACAGAUAUUUUGUUGA